AUGAGAAGGGACGACCCAGCCCUGGGCCUGGAGAUCUUCUCGGAGCAGCAGCUUCGAGAGACGUGUCUUCGGCUCGAGGGCCGCGUGCGGAUGCUCCGGAGCUUCCUGGCAGACCUGCAUUGCGAGAACGCCACGCUGCGAAGGCAGCGGGCCGUGCUCAGCGAGCGUCUAGGAGAGCUGGAGGACUCCUGUGCCGCUGCCUCUGGAGACGCCGAUGGAGAGGACAGAGAGGCCAGACCGCUGCAAGCCAUGCAAGCCCCGGAGGCGCAGGAGCUCGAGCUACGGCGAUGCCAAGCACAGGAGGAGCAACUGCGGAUGGAGGUCUGUGAGCAUCAGCUCAGCAGGGCGCAGAUGGAGCAG